GCAAAUAUCGCGGUGUAUAAAACGACAGAAACGAGAGGGUUUUUGGGAAGUAGCAGCAGCAUCCAGGAGAGAGAGAGAGAGAGAGAGAGAGAUGUUUCUGAGGCAACCCACAUCACCAUCUUGAUAUUGUCUCUGCCCUUUCCGUGUUUUGAUUCAUGCAUGGUGUGGGUGAUCUUAAGAAAGAUACGUAGGAGCUCCCUUUGUAGCUUCAGGCUUUGCUCAGAGAGAGGAGCGCAAAUUGCAGUCCAUGUGUGUUAAGACAGUGACCUUGGAGAGUAGCCCAUCAUCACCGUCUCUUCACGAGAGACGACUUUUCAUUUUCGUUUUCGUUCUUUUUGUUUCUUUUUCUUUGUUCUUGGGUCUAAAUUUCGUGUUUUUUUUGUUUAGCUACCCGAUGAGUGAUGGAUGCCUUUCUGUUUCUUCUCUGCGGCCUAUGUAUUUCUGCAAUAUUUGUCACCUCCCAUUGCCUAAACUGCUCUCAUCUCUAGAUUAGCAGGCACUCCCCACUUCUCUCGUUCCCUUUCAACGAUGCAAAGCAUAGGACACCCUUGCAAGUAUAUAGUAAUGAUCCAAAGUUUGCAUUACACAAGGUUGAGAUAGAAAGGAAAGCAGAAGAAAGAGAGAAUCAAGAUCAAAGAUCCAAAAUUAUUCAUCACUUGGAGCAUUUUCUUUGUUUAUAUUUCCCCUCUCCCUCUCUCUCUCUCUCUCGGAUCAGUCUUUGCCUUUAAAAGAACAUGUUCCCUGCAACCAUGUCCAAUUCCACUACUUUGUCUGAUGAAGCAAGUGUCUCUUCUGGUGCAAGAGUGUUGGAUUUUUGCAGCUUCAACUACAACAACACCGAUACUGGCGACAAGAACAACCUAGAAAAUUCACUGCAACAACCACAGCAACUGAUCACCACCAUUCACAACAACUCACAACAGCAUCUGCAGCAGAAGAAGAUGAGGAAGAAGAGAAACCUCCCUGGAAACCCAGACCCAGAUGCAGAAGUGAUUGCACUGUCCCCAAAGACCCUCCUGGCCACCAACAGGUUCGUGUGCGAAAUCUGCAACAAGGGUUUCCAGAGGGACCAGAACCUGCAGCUCCACAGGAGAGGCCACAACCUCCCAUGGAAGCUGAAGCAGAGGGGCGGCAAAGACCAGGUGGUGAGGAAGAGAGCUUAUGUGUGCCCCGAGCCCACCUGCGUCCACCACCACCCUUCGAGGGCUCUCGGCGACCUCACCGGGAUCAAGAAGCACUACUGCAGGAAGCAUGGAGAGAAGAAGUGGAAGUGUGAGAAAUGCUCCAAGAUCUAUGCUGUCCAGUCUGAUUGGAAGGCUCACUCCAAGACCUGUGGAACCAGAGAGUAUAGAUGUGAUUGUGGCACUCUCUUCUCCAGGAAGGACAGCUUUGUGACGCACAGAGCAUUUUGUGAUGCCCUAGCCGAAGAGAGUGCAAGGCUCUCGGCGAGUCAACUCACCACCGUCGACCCGAACAUCCCUCUUCACCACCACCACCUUCAACCACCACCCACUCUCUUCCCUCUCCCUUCCCUCCUCUGCAACCCCCCGCCGCCGCAGCUGGCAACCCACGCUUCCCUCACCCCCAACUGGGAUCCGCCCCAAAACCCUAGCUACCCUCCUCUGCAUGCCCACGUAAAACCCGAAAUCCUUCGUUUCCAAGUCCCGCCGCUCUCCGCCCAACCACAACUCGUCCCGCCCUUCCAAGCCCUCCAUGGUGCUGCCACCGGCGCGUCCGCGCACCUCUCGGCCACCGCGCUGCUCCAGAAGGCCACCACGAUGGGCGCGGCAGCCACUUCUGCCAUUGGCCACCAUCAUCAUCAUCAUCACUCAGCUCGCACGGCCACCCACAUCGCAUCACCCGGCACGGGGGCCAACUAUGGCGCACAGAGCAUCCCCCCAGAGCUCUUCAAAGGGCUGGCGGCAUCUCCUCUGGAGAGCCUCGGGCCGUGGCGGAAGAGCGAUGGGCUGACCAGGGACUUCCUGGGGUUGGCCGGCGAGGUCAACGCCGGGAGCGGGAGGGUCAGCGUGGGGAGCUUGCUAGGGUUCACCAAGGGGAUGGAGCUUCAAGAGGCGUACGAGCGCGAGCAAUCCGCGUUGAAGGUUAGGGAUGGUUUUGGCUUUGCGGAUCAGAACAAUGCAAGCUGCUUCUCAGACUUGGAGUGAGUGUGGAAGUGGAAAUAUGGCAUGGACAAGAACAGUAUUGAAUCUUCAGUGGGUUUGAGU